AUGGUUCAGCUCACUGCAUCUAACACGCGCAAUUACAGCAGUUCCGGAGCUCCAGAUCAGCUGACCCGUACAUGUGCGACCACAAAGGCGGACGCUGGUGAUCGGUUCUACGGCCACUGGAUCGAGCAAGACCGCACGGGCUUCCAGUUACUCGAUUUCCCUCAUCUAGAAAAAACGCUCGGAUCCCCGCAUGAAUCCAUCUCGUCCUUGAGCUUUAUCCCCUUCCCGCGGAUGUCGAGUUCCAUCCCAGGAACAUUCUCCGAGGACGUCAAAUUCGGAACGUAUAACGUCAAAUGGAGCUAUCCUCACAGUUCAUUCGAUGUGGUCCAACACUACAUUUUACACAAGGGCCCUGAAGCGCGGUCUCGCGAGCUCCUGCUCGCCGCAGCGGGCUGGACUAGACAACUGCACGAAGAAAUACUCGUCUUUGAGCGUGGUUACUGGAAGAAGGACAGCGAGCUGUGGACGGACAUGCAGAAGGCCAGCUGGGAUGACAUCAUCUUGAAGCAGGAAUUCAAGGACGAGCUGCAGCAAGACGUCACCGGAUUCUUCGACUCGCAGAAGCUGUACAAAUCGCUCGCCAUUCCGUGGAAGGCAUGUUUGAUUUACCUUGAACGCGGGAUCAUCAUGCUAGGACCCCCAGGCAACGGGAAGACGAUCAGCGUCAAGGCGAUCAUGAAGGACUGCUACGCCGCAGGCCAUGCGCCGCUCUACGUCAAGUCGUUCAAGAGCGCUGCGGGCGAGGAGUACAGCAUCGCCCAGGUCUUCCGGAAGGCGCGCGAGAUGGCGCCGUGCGUGGUCGUGCUCGAGGACCUCGACUCGCUGAUCAACGAGGGCAACCGCGCGUUCUUCCUGAACCAGCUCGACGGCCUCGCGGGGAAUGACGGGCUGCUCGUGCUCGCCUCGACGAACCACUUUGAGCGGCUCGACCCCGCGCUGAGCAACCGCCCGAGCAGGUUCGAUCGCAAAUACCCGUUUGAGAACCCGGACGAGGAGGAGCGCGGGAUGUACGCGAAGUACUGGCAGGACAAACUGCACGACAACAAGGGUGUCCUGUUCCCAGACAGCCUCGUCGCCGAGAUUGCGGCGACGACGGACGGCUUCAGCUUCGCCUACCUGAAGGAGGUGUUUGUCGCGUCACUCGUCCUGCUUGCGAGCAACAAGAAGUUGCUUUUUGCUAGCGUGACCCGUGCACAGAUCAAGUCGCUCCGCAAACAGCUCGAGAAAGAUCGCAGAGAGGGCAAUGCGCAGAACCUUUGAUCUGGGAUACCGUCUCUCCAUACCAAACAAACACCAUAAGGCUGGCCCUAAUACCUUACAGAUGCAUGGUCAAUUGUUUCCCUGGCAUCUAUGCAGACAUAUGCAGUCUCAGAUUGUGCAACACCUCAAUCAUUCGCUGUGCGAUGUUGACAGACAGUAGAAGGAACCAAAUACAAGUAUUUCAGAGAUGGGAGUAUACAUGGAUGAUAUAGAUUGUCUGGUUGCUGCGUUGCGCAUGUAGGAGUGUUACAGGAUGAAUAAUAGAUAAAUAGCAUGCUAUGCAAAAGUGU